AUGUCCCUCGCCCUCAAAGGGGUCCCGAUCCAUUUCGGCCCAUUCCUCGUGACUUCCCAGGUUUUCCACCUUACACCCCUCACCUUCGCCCUCGUCAACCUCAAACCCAUCCUCCCCGGCCAUGUUCUCGUCUCCCCGCGCCGGCGCGUCCCCCGCGUUUCCGAGCUGACCGCCGCCGAAACAAGCGAUCUUUUCCUCACCGUGCGCCGGGUGGGCCGCAUGGUUGAACGUGUGUACGGGGCCUCGAGUCUCAACAUUGCCGUGCAGGAUGGGGUCGAUGCGGGUCAGAGUGUUGCGCAUGUGCACACGCAUAUCAUACCCAGGAAGAAGGCGGAUUUGGAUUAUCGGGGUGGGACGGAUGCGGUGUAUGAGAUGUUGGAUGGGGAGGAGGGGGAUUUGGGCAAGUUCCAUGAAUCUCAUUGCGCGGAUCUGGCCGAGGAGCGCCCUGAACAGAAUGGGGAUGGGCGGCGAACGAGGUUUCCUGCUGUCGAUAACGAAGAGAGGAAGCCUAGGAGCUUGGAAGAGAUGGAAGCCGAAGCAGAGAUGUUGGCGAAAGAGAUGGAGAAAGAGCCGCUGGAUUGA